AUGCUCGCGAUAGCCCUCAGUAGCGGCCGUGAACGGCGCCGCUUAGCGUUACUUGGAUCAUUUGUGCUAGUAACAAUACUCUUGCUCGGGUACGAAUCUUGGCUACCAAUCUCAACUUGCGAAUUUCGUCAGACAGCCACAGUCCUCACUGCUGCCAAAGAAAAGCAAUCCCUGAGUCUUCCUGCCGAAUACACCACCCUUCCUGCAGAAUCAGCAUUCUGUGCAGAGAGGUUUGGAACCACAUUCCUCAACAAUCUUCGUGAUUCGGCGACACAAUACUGCAACCAGUCGUCGGCUCUCACAUGCUUUCAUACUUGGACUGUGGGCGAUCGAUGGGAUUCUUUCUGCUUCGGAAAGGGGGUCAAUUUUAACCACGACGGAGGUAAAUUCCACCUACAGUGCGAUCUGGCCCAAAAAACAGACUCGGACUUGGAGCAAACAGUGUUUGAGAACGCUCCCAGGUUUCCAAGAUUCGAUAAACUUCAGAAAUACUGGUAUGAUACUGGGCCACCAUUAGUAUUAGAUGGCUGGGUCCAAAUGGAUCCUGAAAUCCAAUCAUCCCUGGAAAAGACUGAGAACUACACCAUAUUGGUCAAACGAGAAGGCGCCACCAACCAUUGGCACUCAUUGAUGGAGAUAUAUUCCAUGACAUUGAGUAUGGACGUUUUACAAAUCACACCUCAAUCGACAGAGUCUACUCCCUUCUACAUCGCUGAACGUGACAUACCAAACACACAAGUCGUCAUCCUUGAUGACCACCCAGACGGACCAUAUUUUGAUAUGUGGUCGCUCUUUACAAAGAAGCCAGUUCUCCGUUUCAAAGAUUUGACGGGGAACACAAGAUUUGAAAAUCUCAUUGUGCCACUUGCCGGUGCAGGAAAUACGCUAUGGCAAGGUGACUGGAAGAUUAACUCUUGCGAAAAGUCAAAAAUCCUAGACACAUUUGUCAAUCGGGCUUUGACUUUGUACGGGUUGAAUGAUACCAAGCCGCGACAGAGUGAGAAAAUUACUUUGACGUUCAUCUAUCGAGUUUCCGGGCGAAAGCUCGCCAAUCAUACUGAAUAUCUAGAGCAGCUGCAACAAAAGUUUCCUUUGGUGAAUGUUCGAUCGAUCGACUUCGCCGCAAUCUCCUACAAAGAUCAACUGAAGAUCAUUCAAGAAACUGAUAUACUGGCGGGUGUCCAUGGAGCAGGCCUCACACAUGGUAUCUUCUUGUCUCCUGGAUCUGCGAUGGUGGAGAUCCUGCCACCUGGGCUAAAUCACAAGGGCUUUCGUAAUGUUGCUUCGCUUAGGGGCCAUGAUUAUUUCAGCGCACAUGCGGAAAGUCCCAAUUCAGCCCACGGCGGUGACUGGCACUCCGAAGAUGUCUACCUGGAUAUUGAGCGGUUUAUUGAUGUGAUGAAUGUAGCCAUUAAGGCAAUGUAUAACAAGGGCAUGCGAAGUUAUGAUGUUUGA